UGUAUUUUAAUGGGAAUGUUACUGAAUGCAACCUCAUCUCCCCCUUCCUCUCCUCUCUCGCCACAGCUGAUCUGAAAGAGGUAGAGAAGUGAAGCUCGCAGUUCUAGCUGCGAGAUAGCAAAAAUAAAUAAAUAUAGUCAACCGCCGUCCUGUUUUCAAUGUCAUUUUCUUUCCAGCCGUACUGUUUUCAAUGUCAUUUUUUUUUCCAGCCGUGCUGCGCGACGAUUUCUUCUUUUUCUUAUGAAUAUUAUUAUUUUCUUGUUCAUCGUUCGUAAUUUGGCCUUUCCCAAAACGUGAAAAAACGACAUCUAAUAAUAAUAAUAAUAAUAAUAAUAGCACUUUUACAUGUGAUAUUAAUUGUUAUUAUCACGCCCUCGUAUUUUGCUGCUUGUGGUUUUGUUUUGGUCCCAGUUACAGCCGGUUCAGUUUUUUACCCAUUACCGAAAAUCGUCUGCAUUUCCCUUUCUUUAAAUUAAAUAUGUUAUUAUAAUACGCUUGUAGUUUUCUUUCUCUCUUUUUCUACCCAGGCUCUCUUUCUCUCUCUGAAUCUCCCUCGCUUACCCCUUUCCUUGUCUUUUUUGUCUUUAUUUCAUUUGGUUUUUUGGGCAGAAGGAGGAGGUGACACACCGGGAUAUCAUCGGCGAGACAAUGGACAGUAUUUGGGACACCAUGGGCCGUGUAAUAUACUAACCAGCGCCGGGACAACUUUACAAAGACUGCACGGUUUUUUUUUUGUGGAUUUAAUUAUAUGUUUUAUUAAUUAAUUUAUUAUUAUUACUUUUUUUUAAAGGAAAACACAAAAAUCCGGCCUUAUAAGCGGUGUCCGUCUUAAGCCGUUUCGUUGCGGAUAGAUUUUAACACCCUACAGGAGCAACUUCGCCAUUUUCCUGUUUACAUUUUUUUUUUUAAUAUAUAUAUUUUUUAUAUUCUGAAAUGGCUUUCCAGGACCCAAGCCAUCCUUCUGUCUGCGGGAGCUUGUUCGGGGGCCCAGAUCUCGGCCCUAAAUUCUUCUGCAUACCGACAAACAACGCUGCCACAGCCGGCUCUUCGACAGGCCUCGGCACAGCAUCGGGGUCGAGCGGCCCCGCCGCCCAGGCUGGCGGUCCUCGUCACCCGGCCGCGCUCGGGGGAGGCCCCGGUGGCGGUGCCGCGGCUCCACAGCAACACAAUAAGCUGGCCAGCGAGGCGCCGAGUCCGGCUGAAAUGGAGCCGGACAGGCCCAUCGGAUACGGUGCUUUUGGGGUCGUUUGGUCGGUGACAGACCCUCGGGACGGGAAGCGCGUGGCUCUGAAGAAGAUGCCCAACGUGUUCCAGAACCUGGUUUCCUGCAAGAGAGUGUUCCGGGAGCUCAAAAUGCUCUGCUUCUUCAAGCACGACAACGUGCUGUCUGCUCUCGAUAUUCUCCAGCCUCCUCAGAUCGACUGCUUCGAAGAAAUCUAUGUGAUCACAGAGCUGAUGCAGAGUGAUCUACACAAGGUGAUCGUCUCUCCUCAGCCCCUCAGCACCGACCACAUCAAAGUGUUUCUCUACCAGAUACUGCGUGGGUUGAAGUAUUUGCACUCCGCUGGGAUUUUGCAUAGAGACAUCAAACCAGGAAAUCUCCUUGUUAACAGCAACUGUGUGCUCAAGAUCUGUGAUUUCGGGCUGGCUCGUGUAGAGGAGCUGGAUGAGUCUCGUCACAUGACCCAGGAGGUGGUGACUCAGUAUUACCGCGCCCCAGAGAUCCUGACCGGCAGCCGGCACUACAGCAGUGCCAUCGACGUGUGGUCUGUGGGCUGCAUCUUCGCAGAGCUGCUGGGGAGGAGGAUCCUGUUCCAGGCACAGAGUCCCAUACAGCAGUUGGAUCUGAUCACAGACCUCUUGGGGACCCCACCACUCUCCGCCAUGCUGUCAGCCUGCGAGGGGGCAAGGGCACACAUACUGAGGGGACCACACAAACCGCCCUCCCUCUCAGUUCUCUACAUGCUGUCAGACGGAGCUACCCAUGAGGCCGUUCACCUGCUAUGCAGAAUGCUGGUUUUUGAUCCGUGUAAGCGUAUCUCUGGACGUGAUGCCCUAUCUCAUCCCUACCUCGAUGAGGGUCGGCUUCGCUAUCACACCUGCAUGUGCCGCUGCUGCUUCACCGUGGCUUCGGGACGAGUCUACACCCGCGACUUUGAACCCGUGGCCAGCGGCCGCUUCGACGACCAGUACGAGAAGACGCUGACGUCUGUCUGGCAGGUCAAAGAGCUGAUUCAUCGUUUCAUCACAGAACACCAGCAGGGUAAACGAGUGCCUCUCUGUAUUAAUCCCCAGAGCGCAGCCUUCAAAACAUUCAUCAGGUCGACAGCUUGGCAUUCCUCAAAAGUUUCCAAGAAGGAGGAAAGAUGAACGAGAAUAACGCAAAGGCGGAGAGUAGACGGGAUGGAAUUAAAAAGCAACAAAAAAGAUGAAAUGGUCAGAAAGGAAAAAAACUGAAGAAAAUAAACUUGUUAAAAUUAAUAAUUAUUGCUGCUGAAACUUACAGAAGAAAGGAAGAUAAGAAGAGUGGAUUGAUUUUCUGCAAAGGGGAGACAAAACCGGAAAGAUCAGAGCUGCCUGGAUUUAGAAGAAACCGCAGAAAAAAAAAUGACUCCCAUUGCAUAGCAGUCUGAUCCAUUCCUGGUUUAAUAAGACACUCCUGAGCUUGUU